CUCACCCUUUAUAUUUUCAAGAGCAACAAGACACUCUAAUGGUGGCGCUUACUCUUGUGUGCUUCUGAUGAUGAAAUUCCACACAAAACUCCACAAAAGCCACCUUCUUUGAUUCAACAAAUCAACACCCAAUUCUCAAAAUCCCAUUUUGUUUUCCCUUCUUUCUUUUUCUUAUAUAUUCCAACUUUCCCUUUGAAUACUCCUUGAUCUGGUGCGAAGAUGGACACCAAUGACUGGGUAGUUCUUUCUGAUGACAGUCUUUUUGAUGUCAAUGAAGAUUGUGUUGAGAAACAAGUGUUUUUGGGGAAAAGAAACUUGAAUUCAAAAAGUGUUUUUGAUGUGGAUGACUAUUACUUCUGCACCUCGCCAAAAUUCAAGAAAACCUCUGAGGAUUCAAGGAAUUUUCAUCCGAUGGUUCCCAAAGAGUCCGUCCAUAUUCCAAUUCGAUUGGAAUCAAGAAUUGGGGAGGCCCCAGAUGAAGGAUUAGUGGAAGAAACCGCAAAGGAACAUGUUGAGGUCACUCUUGUGCCAUCAUCACCUAUUGCUGCCACUGAGAAAAUCAAAGGAGUGGUUGUGGAAGCUGAUCAAGACACUGUGCCACAUCUUUUGUCCAAGAUCAGGGAAAUUGAAUCCCCAAAGUCCCUUGGUAUGGGAUUGUUCCUUAAACCUGAGAUGGGUGGUUUGAAAUUUGAGGAGAUAGGUAGGGAGGCACAGGAGAUGAUGGUCUCCCCCAGAAUGAAGAUUGAUAGAGAUUUGACUGUUAUGGAGUCUAGCAAAGAAGUGGAGGACUGUGGUGAUGGUUUUAACUUUUGGAAGUGGAGCUUGAAUGGUGUUGGAGCUAUCUGUUCAUUUGGGGUUGCUGCUGCCACAAUCUGUGUUCUGAUCUUUGGCAACAACCAAAGGAACAAGUUCCACCAGGAUCAGAAGAUUCGGUUCCAGAUCUACACUGAUGACAAGAGGAUUAAGCAGAUGGUUGAGCAUGCAACCAAGUUGAAUGAAGCAGCAUUAUCAGCCAUGAGUGGUGUUCCUCUGUGCAAAGCUCGCAUAACUUGUGGUGGUUUUUAUGAUGCUCUUUGAUUUAGGCAUUGAUUAAGGAAAUUUGAGAUACUACAAUGAGUCAACGACAUGGAAGAUAUUGCCAAAAUCUUCUGUUCAAGAUCUAUCCUAUAGCUUCUCUUUUCUUUUCUUUUUUCUGUGUAAAUAAAAUAACUAGGUAUCUAUCUUGUCUUGUACAUUAAGCUACAGAUUAUAUUAAUAUUAUGAUUAUUAUAUAUGUUUGAUUUGGAAGGUGGCUCAAGUAGGGGAAGAAUUGGUUGAAAAGAAGUUUUCAAUAGUGGGACAGGGUGAGAAUAAGUAUAGAAACUUUAGGCAUGUUGGCACAAAUCUUGGCAUAAGUGGGCAGAACUAUGAGUGACAGCAAUUAUAAACUUUUGGGAAUUAAAGUGAAGUCAUUAGAAAACA